AUGACCGACUCAUCUAAUCCAACAGAUAUCCUCAAUAUACCAUCCACGCAACCCGAUAAUUCUUUUGAGGAAAAAGGUUUACGAGACGAAUUGGUCGCCAAUAGUGAAAGUGAGGUGGACAUAAUGAGAGAAAAGGUGGAUAGCAUAAAAAGGGAGACGGGAGUUGAUGUUAAAGGAAAGGCAAAGGAAGUCGAAGAAUUUGAAAAGAUAGAAGAUGAUGAUAUAAAUUCCUCGGAAAAUUUGCCAAUCCAAUCGAGUUAUAAUUCUGACAUUGACAUUGACAAUUUGAACUCGAAGGGAAAAAAUUUAGAAUUGGUUGAAAAUUCGGAGAGAGUAAAGGCGAGCGGGGAGAUUGUGAUCGAGGACGGGAACAGUGGUAACAUUAUACAUUAUGAACUUUAUUUUCUUCGUGUUUCUUCGACAUCCACAAACUCAACCUCGACCACCGCCUUCACAACCCCUUCCUUGACAAACACGAUACCCGUCAAACCUCACCCAAUAAUCACGCAAAAUACAUCCUUUUACGAUCAUGACUAUCAAGAUGAUGAAAUCACAGCCGAACCUUCAAGCAGCAGAAGUCGGAAUGUCGAUGAAUCGAUGCCGAUCGGAAUUGAAUUUAUAGAAGACCCACAAGUACCUUACAUACCUAGUUUCGAAGAAGCAUACGGCUUUUCACCAUACGAGUAUGAAUAUUACUUUAUAGGGAAGGAUGAUUUUGAGGAUAGAACAUUCCGCACAUACGGCGCCAGGUUCAAGAAUGCAAAAAGUAAAAAUCCACAAAAGCAAGAGGAUACCAGAGAUAUCAAGAAUAAACAAAAGAAAAAGGGAAAGGGGAAGGAAACCGGCAAUAAAAUGAGCAAAUAUUUUUGUGGAAUCAGGAUUAAGAACAGUGGUUGCUUUUUGCCAAACAUCGCAACUGAAUCUUUGUUCGUAGAAGAACUUCACCGCCCUAAUUUCAUGUCACUUUACAUACAUAAUAUUUCUGAAUCUUUUUUAACUUAG